CACUAUAUGGUUAAUCCAAACCAUGAACCUAACCGUAUCAUCUCCAAGUUUGCAGGCAGCAUAUCUUCGCACCCUUCCCGCCAUCAGACAAAGAUGCUCAAGUGUACAUGCCAUGGCGCAACAAGGAAAGCUGGAGUAUUUUGAUUAUAACCCGGAUCGUGAAUCGUCCGUUGUGAAUUACUGCCUCGAAAUCAUGAAGAGAGACUUUCCCGCAGUUGAUGGGGGUGUUGACUUUGCGUCUAUUCCACCGCAUGGGAGAUGGAGGCAUCUAGAUGCAGGAAAAUCGCGCAUAGCGCCUUUGAUGGCGAAAUGGGAUGAAGAACGAGGGUCGCCAGUUAGCGAGAAGGAGAAAUGCAAGAGGUUGAUUGAUUUGUUCCUUGUUUCUGUCCUACUGGAUGCUGGAGCUGGCAACCAAUGGGUGUACAAUGAGUCAGACGGGGAAAGCUACAGUCGGUCGGAAGGGCUUGCAGUUGCAACUGUACAUAUGUUUGACCAAGGUCUUUUUUCGGGAUCUCCUGUAGCCCAGCCUUAUCGCGUCGAUGCGCGGGGAUUGUCUCAGAUCAAUGAAUCGAGAAUCGCCAUCGCUAUGCAAGUCAGUGAUACCAAUCCAAUGGUUGGUUUGUCAGGCCGAACUUCGCUUCUGGUCAAUCUCAAGACUGCGUUGGAGUCUAACCCUCGCAUCUUCGGUUCUGAUGCUAGACCUGGAAAUAUUAUCGACUUCCUGGAAUCCGAAUCGAAGCUCGAUGGCUCAUCCCUGCAUGUCCAUGUCUCAACACUGUGGGGAGUUUUGCUCGAAGGUUUAGCUCCAAUUUGGCCUGCAAGGUAUUCCAUCGGUGGGGUGCAGCUCGGAGACGUGUGGCCGUGUUCUGUGCUCGCUUCGGAUAGACAAGCUGAGGGAGACGACUUCGUACCGUUCCACAAACUAACGGGAUGGAUCACGUAUAGCCUGAUUGAGCCCAUAGAGAAGAUUCUCAAGUGGAGAUUUGACGGCAUCGAGGACAUGACUGGUCUUCCAGAGUAUAGAAACGGUGCAUACGAUAUACCUUGA